AUGGAGCUCCUGCUCGAGUUCGACGACCUCGUCCACGCCGAGGACGAUCGCGACGUCGCCGCGGACGACGACGACGGCCGAGCCUCGAGCUCGUUGGGCUUCGUCAACGGUGUCCGACGCUCCUUCAGCGGACGCGUCUCCCGCCCGAGCGCGUCGUCGAUGGGCGCCGAUGACGUGGGGGAGCUCAUGACGAUAGCGGCGACGAGCGCGGACCACGAGCGACGAGAACGGGCGAUUCGCGAGCUCAGGGAGGUGGUGCGAGAGGCUGAUGAGGAGACGCUGUCGCUCGUCGUGGUCGAGUUGUUGGAGCGCGCGGGGGGGGACGGGGCGACCGCGGCGGCGGGGAGCGAGUUCAAGGGCGAGCGAGAGGAACUCGAGGAACGUGGGGUAGAUAUUCCACACGUGCGGUGCGAGGCGGUGUACGUAGCGCUGGCGGUGGAGUUGGUGCGAUCGAUGCCAGAGACAAAGCUCGGGCCGAGUCAUCGAGGGACGCUCAUGCGAGGCGUAUCGCACGCACUGCACUCGUACGCAGGAAAUUGCAGAACGACGUGCGAGGUUGGAAUUGUUCGAGGUCUUCUACGGGCGUUGGACGCGUUAUUGAGGAUGAAUGAGGGAGGGAGAGCGAAUGGAGACAUUGACAUGGUCGCCGAGUGCGUGCGGCGUGCGACUGCGUUCUCCACCUCUCCGCUCGAUCUGCGAGCUUGGUUGGAAAUCGCGGCAGCUAGCGCACCCGAGGCGAGAAUAUUCUUACUAGAUCAACUGAAUAUGACGCUUCAGUCCAGAUUUAGCGGUGGUCCGUCAGAGUUGUUCCUAAUGGACGGGGAGGCGAGUGGCAUACUCGGUUCGGCGCAACCGAAAUGGCCUUUCACAGAAGGAUUGGCGUUCGUGACGUGGGUGUAUUUAGAGAGCGUUUCGGAUUCGGAAACAACAGCUGCAUCCGCGGCACUGUAUGCCGCCGCCGCCUCGGCGUCACAGCUGGUGGAAGCUUCUCCACUCACUACUGCGGCCGUCGCCGCGGCCGCUGCGGGCGAAGCAGAGGUACACAUGCCUCGACUGUUCAGUUUUCUUUCGGCAGAGGGACAAGGCGUGGAGUGUUACUUCCACAAAGGAUUCUUGAUUUUGGAGACUAAUGGCGUCAAAGAAUCGAGAAUGACGCUUCCUUUCACCUACAAGUUCCCUCUUAAGCGAUGGUUCUGUAUAGGAAUUGAGCACAAACCAGCGAGCGUUCGAACGGGUGGGGCGGAGACUCGACUAUAUGUGAAUGGGAUUUGUGUCGAGACUCACAAAUUCGACCUACCAAAGAUGAACAAGCCGCUCGGAUUUUGUUGCAUAGGGACCAAUCCUCCAGCUGCCAUGGCAGGCCUGCAGCGGAAACGACGUCAGUGCGCUCUAUUUGCAGCCCUUGGGCCCGUGUACAUUUUCAAACAAGCACUCGGCGUACAGGCGAUGAGAGCACUCUCGGCUCGAGGCGGAUCAUUCGUACCAAAUUUCUCUUCAAAAGACGAGAAAAUGACCGAUAAAGCUACUGGAAGCGUAUUAAAUGCUGAAGAUCAUCUUCUAGAUAGGAUUUUAGCUCCGACCGUGCUUCAAGUGAUCCACCCUCGUAUGGCAAGCAAAAACUUCGUCGUAGACAUUUCUCCUAGUGGUAUUCUGGUGGAAUCCAAGGCUGUGCUGCUUGGUGGAACGAGCGUUGCAUCUCGUUACCUGAUACGAGAUUCAAUUUGGGCUGCACACGAGAGUGGGCCUGGGCUGAUCCUACCUUUUGCAUGUCCGUCGGUCAGUUCCAGGGGCCUGGAACCUGAAAUGGCUGACGGUGAUGUGGGCAGUGCGGCGUUGUCCAUCCGGUCUGUGCUUGGAAUCAUCGCUGGAGCAUGUGAAAAUCAUCCGCAGAACAUUAAAUCGAUGGAAGAGAACAACGUGCCGCAACUGAUUGCACACGUCUUGCCGUUUGCCAUGGAUGCUCUACGGAACAAGCUCGAGGGGGCUGAGCUCGAAGACGAGGAAGAAGCCAUCGUCGAUGCUCUAGAAUAUCUCUUGACCGUGAGCGCGAAGGAGCUAUCGAAGCAGGUUGUGUCGGCACUCAUUCUAAAUUUUAAACCAUGGGCAGGGUCGGGCUCUCGACUUAUUGGUCGUAUUCUGAGCGUCUGUUCUUCUCUAUGCAACACUAGCCCAGACCUGAUGCAUGAACUGUCCGCACUACAAGUCCUUCUGGAUAACGGGCGUCGAUGGCUUUCGCCUCCGACGUCGAUAACGGGUGGUAUACUUCACAACAAAUCCGCUAAAUCCGUGAUGGAUGAUCGAGGAGUUCUAAGAAUCUCCGAGAGAGAGUCAUUGGGAUUGAUCGAUGACUUACUCGUCUCCGUCAAUUUACUUGCAAAUACAAGCGAAAGCAUAGACGCCAAGGUUGACAUCAUCAUCGAUUUUCUGGCCGAGUGUCCUUGUCCACACAUGCUUGCGGCUACAGUCAAGCUUGUUCAUUCGAUAAUCGUUUCUCCGAAGGCGGAUAGAGCGAACGAGUUUCUAUUCGCGUUCACUUCAAAGGGAGGUGUGGAGGUGUGCAUGGGUCUCGUGCGCGCCCUUUCCCUACGUGGUAAAUUUGACCACGAACUUCAAGGAGCACAGAGUCUGUUCGCCGCUUGUUUGAGAUUAUUUGGCUACUUGUUGGAGACUGGAUGCGUGAGUGCGAAUAAGACGACCGAAGUAGGUGGCAGUAAAAAGGUGACAAAGGGAAGCAUUGAAAGAGCGACGCGGUACGCAUUCACAAAGGGUUCUCAAAAACUCCUCACGCCUGAGGUUUACGAGGCGAUUAUGAAGUCCUCCAUCUCAAUCAACCUGGCUAAUAUCAACAUGACAGAGCCAGUACGCUUGAUCAGCGGUGGUAUACUUGGAUCGAUGCUCUCGAUUCUGUCUCAGUGCGAUGAUCAAGUGACCAUUCGGGCCCUUGAUGACACCAUGCUGAUUGCGUGCGCUUACGCUGACAACCGGAACCUUCUGCUGUCUCUGCCGGAAUUCCCUGGAUGGCUGGUACAUAUUCUUGUGGGCUCUAAAAGCUCGAAGGUCUCCACCACUGCGAAUGAUCUGCUUCUAGUGCUUCUCCAGCACUCGAUGCGUUUACGAGACGGUUGGCGAGUGCUCGAAACGGUGAUGGAGGGAGUAAAACGCAUCUCCAGCGACGAUCGAAAAGUACGAGUCAAAGUUCAGCAUGCAAUUUUCAUGGGCCUCACAGCCUUUAUGGUCAAUGAGUUGCGAGCCAUCAGCUCGUCAGAGGUCACGAGGGCGAAGAAGAUGAAGGAUGACUUGCAUGAGAACGGUAGUGUGACGGUGGAAAAUGUCAUCGCAUUGCUUCAUAUGGUUGAAAACCAUUUGAGACUGAUGAGCUCUGUUUCGUCAUCCUCAGUGGAUAAUUCGUACGACUUUGAUCAAGUUGCAGACGCUCUCGUUUCGUACGGGGGGUAUGCGACGGACUCAAUGAACGGGUGGAUAAGUCGUUGUCGUAUGAUGGAUGGACUUGGUCAUUUAACCAUGUCGGGCCCAAGUAAAGGAACAGACGACUCACUAGAGUUGUUACAUUUGACGCAGCAAACAGUUAACUCCGUGGUUGAUGCUCGCAACAACGCUCCAUUGCACUCUCGGCUGCUUGAGGACGAUGAAUUGAUACAUUUACUCCUCCGCUUGACUCUGGCAUAUUUCCGUGAAGCUGUUCUUCCAAUGGAGGACGACAAGGUUGAUACCAGCCUUCCUCUUAUGCCGGCACACAUUGUGAACACACUGACUUCACUGACUUCGGGUAACUCGUCCAUAUCAGAUGCGAUCUUGUUUGAAGCCAAGCAGCUGUGGGGUGUAACUCGUUCUAGCGAAACCGGUGUUCAAGUGGCAGUGCUACACCAUCUGCUGGGUCCAUUUUUACACUCCGCUGUGGCGCGCAAGAACGCUCUUCUUGCACCUGGUGCUAUUGCUCUUCUGUUAGACGAGGUGUGGCGUUAUAAACGUGGGAAUAGACGCAAUAUUUUCUACAUUAAGGCGAUCACCACCUACUUGAUUGCGCUGGUUGCUCGGUGGCGAGAAGUGCUCGUCUCAGACGUGAACGAUGAUAUUUCUACAAAACUGCGGACGCUUGCAUCAAGUUCACUGGACACAGCAUUGUCGUUGAUCUGUUCAUCGGAAUGGGUUAAGGUACUUAUGUCUUCCACUGUGAAAGAAUCGCUCGUUUGCAUUGUCAACUCAACGCCCGUAUGCGAAAUGCGCAACAGUGUAAUCGCGGCUCUGGGUCCGAACUCAACAGAAUCAAGAUUGAACGCGCAGCACGCCGUUCAGUGCACGAGAGCAGAAACGUUUAGAAAGUUUUUGAAAACUUGGGAGGGCGAGUACGUGAACAUAUCGAUGUCUUCAAAGUGGCUCGCCGCUCUAUCGAAGGAGGCUUCGAGGCGAACGCUGUCCAUUGCUGCUGAAGGUGAGAGAGCCAAGGAGGUCGCUAAGAAUUGGGAAAAAUACAUGAGGAGUCUACAAGUACUCAACUGCCUUUUUCUUAAAGUGAUGGAGGAUGGAGACGACGCUCGUCUCAGCAUUGACACAUCUGAAAGUGGAAGACGGCGUCGCUAUCGAUUGUCACGCGUGGCCAGGAGUUCCAUGCAGAGACCGGCGCACUUAGCACCUAUUGACUCGGAGGCGAUAGAGAUUAAGCUACCAGUUCGCCAAAAUCGUGACGUUUCAGAUGAUGAAGAUGACUACGUUUUGAGCCCGCAAAAGUCAGUGAAUGCAGAAGAAUUGAGCGAGGUGAUGGCUGCGACUGCCGCCCUGGCUGUCGCACAAAACCGGGACAAAACUGAGACAAAGAAGUCUAAUCAUGAAUGCUCAGCGACGAUGGUGACACCACUCGAGCUUUACGCCGGUAAAUUUCUCAUAUCUGAUCAAGCGUUUAUCUUCCGUACUGAUGAUGGCUCUCGCUUUUGGUCGUGGCCUCUAGAACAUCUGCAUCAAGUUCAAAGUCGAAGGUACUUGCUUCGACGAAGCGCUCUUGAAUUUUUCAUGCUUGACCGUAUGACAUACUUCAUCGAUUUCGGCACUGCAGAGCAAAGACGGCAGGUUUUCCGCGUUUUGAUCAAGCUCAAGCCAAAAAAAUUUGUGCCUCUGUACCUUGAGACGAGCAAACCAGAGGCUCUGCUGCGCAAGAGUGACAUAACUUCACGAUGGAUUCGCCGUGAGAUUUCCAAUUUUGAUUAUCUCAUGGCUCUCAACACUCUCGCCGGAAGAAGUUACCAGGACAUCACGCAGUAUCCCGUGUUCCCCUGGGUCAUCAGUGAUUACACUUCGGAGUCUUUGGAUUUGAACAAUCCCGAAGUGUAUCGAGACUUACGGAAACCGAUUGGAGCGCUCAAUCCGAGUCGUCUCACGCGAAUCAAAGAGCGCUAUGACUUCUUUGAUGACCCUGAGAUUCCGAAAUUCCACUACGGAAGUCACUAUAGCUCUUCUGGCACGGUUUUAUUCUACUUGUUACGAAUUGAUCCAUUCACGACGCUGGCUUACGAGCUACAAGGUGGUAAAUUUGAUCACGCAGAUAGAUUGUUCCAUAGCGUCGCGUCGACGUGGCAGAGCUGUUUCACUGAUAUGAGUGAUGUGAAGGAACUCGUGCCCGAAUUCUUUUACCUUCCGGAAAUGUUCAAAAAUGUCAACAACAUCGAGUUUGGUGUGACGCAGUCAGGUGAUAAAGUCGACGCCGUCGUGCUUCCACCCUGGGCAAGUUCGCCAGAGGAGUUCGUUGCGAAACAGCGGGAGGCGCUAGAGAGUGAACACGUGAGCAAGAAUCUCCAUCACUGGAUCGAUCUCAUCUUCGGAUACAAACAGCGAGGCAAAGCGGCUGAAUCCGCACACAACGUUUUUUAUUACAUGACGUACGAAGGCGCAGUCGACGUCGAGUCCAUCCAAGAUCCCGUCCUCCUCAAGGCUACACAAGAUCAAAUUUCGUGCUUUGGGCAGACGCCUUCCCAGCUUCUCACCAUUCCGCACCCUGGCAGGCAACGCGCCGCCGACUCCGUCACAGGUAGCCAUUGGUUGUUCGCAAACGGCGGGAAUGUGAAGAGUUAUCCUCUCAGCGUUCCAACUUACACCGAUAAUCGAAUUGCCUUUAUGGAUGUGCUCCCUACUGGUCAAAUGAUUGUUGUGUCUCCUACUUUAGAUGCAAAGUUACAUCGUUUCAUGCCAGGUGUGCCCAGCGGUGCAGGCUUGCCAUUCACUUUCGAGCCGAUCAAAGAACAAAGCACCCUUGGUGCGUUCAUGGGUACGAUUCGUCGACGAGCCGGCUUGAAUGACGUCACAGGAGUUGCGACGUUUGCAACAAAACUCGAUCCCAAGUUGAGCAACUCAGGUUCCAGACCAUUACUUGCCAUGCUGCCAAGCGGCCGCCACGUUGUUGUCUCCGGCCAUGCAGAUGAUUCUCUAAAAAUUUUCAACUGCGAGAACGGUUUGAUGGAGAGUCAAUCGACGGGGCAUCGCACGCAAAUCACGUCAAUGUCACUCUCUUCCGAUGGAAGAGUGCUCGCAACGGGCUCUGUUGAUGGUACGAUCGGGAUUUGGGUCAUCAAUCUACCAACAGAACGAGUGACGAUAGGUGAAAAUUUACGUGAAACGAUCGCCCCAAUUAUCAGAGUCGAUGUCAACUCCAUUUUCAACGAUGGAACGACUGUUGCUAAUGUUAUAAAUCCUGCGAAGGAUGAUGGCGCUCCAUUGGCAAAGAUGGGAUUGAGUGGUCCAAUCCGGUUACUGAGAGGACAUGGCGAGUUAAUUUCCUCGCUUGAUGUUAACACAAACCUCGACUUACUUGUAGCCGUCAGUGCAACAGCCGGAGCUUCGUUUCAUUCGGUCAUCGUCAGUAAGACUCUCAGAGUUGUACCCGAACUACGAGGUACGCUUUGUGCCAUUUCUGAUGAAGGGUACGUGAUAAUUUGGUGCGAGACAGAACAUUCCCUAACGCUUACAACUGUAAAUGGGGAAAUCAUGUCUUCAAUCUCUUUGAUUGGCUCGUAUCCGAAAUUCACCACUUUAUUGGUGAGUAAAGAUGGAUAUCAUCUUGUGGCUGGCACAGUUGCACAAGAAGGGAAAGUGACCGUCUUGUCAUUUGAGUUACCAGCGUUGUAUCCUGGUCGCAGCUGGGACUUUGAUUCGUCCUCUGACAUAAGCCAAAUAAAAUUUACUGCUGAAAAUACUUCUCUCGUCGUUUCCACGAGUGACGGAGACAUCUGGGUCGUGACCGACCCAAGCAUAGCAGCACAAAGCUUAGAAAGUCUUCUUCAAGCGGGCUGGGCCUCGAUUGUUUAG